AUGUCCAGCCGAUGGUUCGAUUUUGGCGGCGACACCAUCGUCCGCACCGACAAGUACAUACGGUUAGCCUCCGACUUGCCUUCGCAGUCAGGCUGGAUCUUCUCACGAAUACCCCUCACCGCGACCAAUUGGGAAGUCGAGUUCGAGUUCGCGAUUCACGGGAAGGGACAUUUACAUGGCGAUGGGUUCGCGCUGUGGAUCACCAAGGACAGGGCACAGCCAGGCAACGUGUUUGGACACAAAGACCAAUUCGAGGGUCUGGGCAUAUUCUUCGACACGUACAAGAAUAAUCGGCCAGGCGUGGUUUUUCCUUACGUGAUGGGCAUGCUGGGAGAUGGGAAGACGACAUAUGAUGCCGCGAACGAUGGCAAGGCGAAUGAGAUUGGCGGGUGUUCGGCACGAGGACUGCGCGGUGCAGCAGUACCGACAAAGGCCAAGCUGACGUACUUCCAAGACAAGUCCCUCUCGUUGCAACUUCAAUACAAAGCACCUGACGCUUGGAUCGAUUGCUUCAGCAUCACACCAACCGCAGACCAGCCGCUCAAAAUGCCCAACACCGCGUACCUGGGAUUCAGCGCACAUACGGGCGAAUUAUCAGACAACUUCGACAUUAUCAGCGUGGAGACGAGGAAUCUGUACAGCCCUGUCGCGGCGCAGAGCGGGCGAGACAAACAUUCUCAGAACAGAGCUAGUGGGAGGGGGAGAAGUCCGCAGCAGCAAGGUGGUGGUUGGGGUUGGUUUUUCUUCAAAGUGCUACUGUUCGCUGGGGUGGCGGGUGGUGGCUACGUUGGGUACAAGAAGUACAAAGAAAAGCAGCGUUAUGAGGGGUUCAAGGGGUUCUAG